GCCGCCAUGGACGACCAGGGCUGCCCGCGCUGCAAGACCACCAAGUACCGCAACCCCUCGCUCAAGCUGAUGGUCAACGUGUGCGGCCACACGCUAUGUGAGAGCUGUGUGGAGCUGCUGUUYGUGCGAGGGGCCGGCAACUGCCAGGAGUGCGACACUCCCCUGCGGAAGAGCAACUUCAGGGUGCAGCUCUUCGAGGAUCCGGCCAUUGACAAGGAAGUGGAGAUUCGGAAGAAGGUGCUGAAAAUAUACAAUAAAAGAGAGGAUGACUUUCCCAGUCUGAAUGAAUAUAAUGAUUUCCUGGAAGAAAUAGAAGAAAUUGUAUUUAACCUGACCAACAAUGUGGAUUUGGAGAACACCAAAAGGAAAAUGGAGAUGUACCAGAAGGAUAACAAAGAAGUCAUUCAGAAAAAUAAGAUAAAACUGACCCGGGAGCAGGAGGAGCUGGAGGAAGCGUUGGAGGUGGAACGGCAGGAAAACCAGCAGAGGCGACUGCUCAUACAGAAGGAAGAGCAUCUGCAGCAGAUGAUGAAAAGGAAGAAUAAGCAGGCGCUCUUGGAUGAACUGGAGAGCUCCAAUCUUCCCGCUUCCCUGCUGUUAGCUCAGCAUAAGGACAGGUCUACUCAGCUAGAAAUGCAAUUGGAAAAACCCAAAGCUGUCAAACCAGUCACAUUUUCCACUGGUAUCAAGAUGGGUCAGCAUAUUUCCUUAGCUCCCAUUCAGAAAUUAGAGGAAGCUUUGUACGAGUAUCAACCUCUGCAAGUGGAGACAUAUGGACCACAAGUUCCAGAGCUGGAAAUGCUGGGAAGGCUGGGGUACCUCAGCCACGUGCGAGCUGCCUCUCCGCAGGACCUCGCCGGCGGCUACACUUCCUCCCUCGCUUGUCACCGCGCCUUGCAGGACGCCUUCAGCGGCCUGCUCUGGCACCCCAGCUAGUCACCAUGCCCUGCRCGGGAUCGGGGGACACGGAGCGGCGUCAAGAGCGAGUCGGAGCAGCAAAGG